UUAAUUAGGGUAUCCUUUUAUAAAUAAACUUCCACAUGAUCUUUAACGACCUCUCGAUAUCGGAUCAAUCCCCAAACGAGAGAACUUUUUUGAUGCGACGCGACCUGUUCUUAUGGUUUCUGAAUUUUUGUGUUACAGCGAGAAGGUUUUAUGAUUUAUUGUGGUUUUAUUGUUAUUGUGUAUUUCCUUUUUUGUUAGUUUGUGUGUUUUUUUUUGCUGAUGUAUAUUGUGUUAUAUUGUAUUUCUUUAUCUCAGAUAUGUACGUCGAUUUGUCUAUUUUAUUUGUUUUUUUUUUGUCUAUAAAUACAUUUUCUUUUGUUUUGUUUAUUUGAUUAAUAAUAAUUUUUUUCUUAGAUAAUUUCUUAAGAUUCACACGUUAUUUUAUAUGAACUCAUCUCUCCCUCUCUCUCCGCCUCCUUGCCUAUGCCCCGCCCAUACUCCACCUAUGCCCCGCCCAUACCCCGCCUAUGCCCCGCCCGUGCCCCGCCCAUGCCCCCAGACUGUGCCGUGGGCGUGUGUGGCGAAGGAACAUGUACCCUCCAGCAAGACGCGCCUGGGUACGCCUGCGAGUGCCACCCUGGGUAUUACGGACCUCAGUGCCAACACCACAACCCCUGUGAGCCUGUCAACCCGUGCCACCACAUUGGUAAGUGCCUCAACCACAGCGACGGUUCUUACACCUGCGAUUGCCUCCACGGGUUCUACGGCCAGAACUGCUCGCGGAUCGACCCCUGCGCCGCCGUCUCCUCGAACCCCUGCCAUAACGGGGGUUCUUGCGUCAGAAGGACUGCGAAUCCACAAUCCCACGUGCGCCAAGAGAGCGGGGAGUAUACCUGCCUGUGCCCCCUUGGCUACUUCGGGGGCACCUGCGAGCGCCGUGACCCCUGCUCGUCGCGCCCCUGCCUCCACGGAGGCGCCUGUGCCAACGUGACCGAUACGGUCUUCACCUGUAACUGUACUGAGGGUUAUACAGGAGAAACUUGUGAGGUGAACAUUAACGAGUGCAGGAGCUCACCUUGUCUCAAUGGAGGAAGCUGUGAGGAUGGGGUGGCCACAUUUUCCUGCUCCUGCAUGGCCGGAUAUACAGGUGCCCUCUGCCAGACCGAGAUCGACGAGUGCGCGUCGAGUCCGUGCAGGCGAGGCCGCUGCGUCGACGGGAUCGGCGCCUUCGCGUGCGAGUGCCCGAGGGGCUGGGGGGGGAAAGGCGUGCGAAGUCGACCUAGAGUCGUGCCCCGCCCACACCUCGGUCCUGGACACGGGCGAGUUCCACUGGCCCGCGACCCGCCACGGGCAGACGGCCGCCCUCUCGUGCACGUACGGCCUCAGGGUGACCAUCGCCGCGAGCCCACCGUCAGCGAGGCCCGCCACCACCGCCGAGCCGCCCCCUGUAGACGCGUCCUCGGGGGCGUCGCACGAGGCCUCAGCUCUCGUGUCCUCGGGGGAAAUGUCCCUCGAGUACGAGGAGGACCUCGACUCGAGCCCGACGCUGCUGCCGCACUCGGACGAGUUCACGACGCAGGCGGAGUGGCAGGGCGGCCGCUUCCGCAUCAGCAGGCGGACGCGGGACGUGGCGGCGCACGCGGGCAACUUCGACUUCUCGCGCGGCCCCGCCUUCCAGAAGGACAACCCCGGAUCCAGGCGACGCCUCGUCACGUCCCGCCUGCGAGGCGCCGUCUCGAGGCGCGCGGGCCGGAGGCUGCACCGGAAGAGGCAGCAGAUGCAGGCGAGGCAGGAGGAGGGCGCCCUGGACGACGCCAGGCAAGGACCCCAGGGACUUCAGCCGCCCAGGGGGGAGCUUGGGCUGGGUCCGCAGCGCCCCAGGGGGAGGCCGCAUAUGAGGGGCUUUCGGGCGCAGAAGCAGGCGCCGGUGGCGCAGCCCCGUAUCGGAGAGGGCGCCGGCGGCAGCCCCCGAUUGGGGAGAGCCUAUCCGAACACGCGAGGAUUGGGGAAAGCAGAGCAGAGCAUCCGAGGAUUGGGGAGAGUUUUAUCCGACCACCCGAGGAUUGGGGAAAGCAGAGCAGAGCAUCCGAGGAUUGGGGAGAGUUUAUCCGAACACCCGAGGAUUGGGGAAAGCAGAGCAGAGCAUCCGAGGAUUGGGGAGAGCGUAUCCGAGCGCCCGAGGAUCGGCGAGAAGGCCUCCGAGCCCCCGAGCCUGGCCCCCUGCAGGUGGCCAAGAACAUGGUGUCUGCAAUCAGCAACAUGAUGGAGGUGAACGACUCCGUGGUGGCCGAGGGGGACAAGACGAGCAACAUCACGCAAACGCUGUCAAACACGAUCAACAUUUUUCACGGAGAGCCCCCCCUGGACGGGAGAAGGGGGGAGUUCAGCUUAAAUGUUAAGUUAUUGCAAUAUCCUCCUUUCCAUCUGCCUUUAUACGCGGCAUCCCUCAGGUCGAGCAACUUGGUCGUGGAAGCCCGGAUGCUGAGGCCGGGCGCCGGCGACGCCGUUCUGUUUCAGCCGCAACUGCAGGAGGCUUCGGCUGCGAGGAGGAGGCGCGAAGUCAACGCGUCUGAGGCGAGGGAGGCGAAGGAAUCGUACCUGAAACUCCCUCCGUCCGUUCUCUCGAUGGCGACUGGCGAGAGCGUCAGGCUGGAGUUCGUGUCCUUCGGCAACGACAAAUUCUUCCGUGGCAGCCGUCCGUUGGGAAUGCCCGUGAUCACUGCACGAAUCACGAACACGACCGUGGAAAACCUGUCGGAGCCGGUGACGUAUACGAUCGCCGAAGCCAACACGGACGCAAACGAAUCCCUGUUUCGGCCAUCUUGCGUCUACUGGGACGAUGCAGCCCAGGAUUGGUCGAGCGCCGGCAUGGAGACCCAGACAGUGGGCGGAGUCACGACCUGCCACGCCUCCCACCUGACGGCCUUCUCGGUGCUCCUGGACCCGAUGCCCUCCGCGCUGGGCGCCCACGAGAAGGUCCUGUCCGUCAUCACCUACGUGGGCCUGGCCCUCAGCACGGCGGGGCUGGCGGCCACCGUGGCCACCUACGCCAUCUUCAGGACUUUGAACCGUGACCGGAGCGGCAAAAUCGUGAUGAACCUCUCGCUGGCGCUGCUGCUUCUCAACUGCGUGUUCUUCAUCACGACGCAAGUGAAACCCACGUCCAUUGCCUGCACUGCCCUGGGAGCCGCGCUCCACUACCUGGUCCUCGCCGCCUUCGCCUGGAUGCUGAUCGAGGCCGCUAACAUGUACCAGCUCCUCAUCACCGUCUUCGCUUCGGCCGAGACUCACUUCAUGGCCAAGAGAGUGGUGGCGGCCUGGGGCAUUCCCUUGCUGGUCGUCGUGACUGCCUUGGCGGUCGACUACAGAGUUUACCAAGACGAAGAGAGGGAUAUUUGUGUUAUCAACCCGAGGCAUAAUGUUAUCGUGUACUACGCUGCGUAUAUGGGACCCAUCUGCUGUGUGCUUGCCGUCAACUGCGUCGUGUUUGUGAUGGUGACCCGCGUCCUUUGUCAGAGGCGCCCUCGGUCCCACAAGCCUCACUCUUCUUCAGUCACCCCUAAAAAGGAAGGCCCCGUGACCCUGGCGCAGGUGCGUGGCGCCGUGACGGUGGUGGCGCUGCUGGGCGUGACGUGGGUCGCGGGCGCCGUCAGUAUCGGCUGGGCGCGCCUUACGCUGCAGUACAUCUUCUGCAUCACCACCCCGCUGCAGGGCCUGAUCAUCUUCGUGGUGCGCGUGGCCCAGCACCCCGAGGCGCGCGCCGCCUGGAUAGCCCUGCUGACCACGGGCACGCUGCGCAGGCGCCCUCCGACCACGCACACGCACUCCACGCACUCCUCGGCGCACACGCACUCCACCACCUCGACGCCGCCGCGCAACCACCACUCGUCGGCGCGGACCGUGUCCACGCGCGCCUCGCCGCUCAACUCCGUCAAGAAGUCCUCGUCGGCCGUGCGCAACGGCUCCACGAGGCACGCCAGGGGCGCCAGCAAGAACGGCAGCAAGAACGGCAGUGUGUACAGGUGCGCCUCCGGCACCAUGGACUCGUCUUCCAGGACCUCCGGCAGGGGGACGCUCCUGUCGCGCAUCGUCAGCCGCCUGAACAGCGGAGGCCUCGAGCCCCACGGGUCCCCGAGGGCGGAGCGCGGCGGGGCGGAGCCCUCGGCCGCCACCAAGACGGCGCUGCAGGCGAUGCCGACGGGCUGCGCGCAGACGAAUCUGUCUCCCCAGCUGUACGAGAGUGAGGCAUUUUUUAGUCAGGCCCUGCUGGACGAGAGCUACUACCAGCACAGCGCCAUGAACGGCCACACGCAGAGGCCGCACUCCCUCGUCCUGCUGCGGACGGAGAGCCACGGAGGCGCGGCCAAGGGCCAGCCCCCCGUCGCGCCGCCGCCCUUCGCCGGCUCCCAGAUCCCCGCCCUCCUGUCGCCGAACCAGCAGCUGCAGACGCUCCUGAGUGCCGGCGUGCCCCCGGCCAUGAUCCCGAGGCGGUCGCUGGGCUCCCUCAUGCUCCUGGGCGAGGGCAAGGAAGGCGACGACUCCUCGUGGCACUUCGUCAGGCCCCCUCCCGACGGCCGCAGCGACCCCAUGGACAGCGACCUGCCCUACGACGAGCGGAACGGCGGCGCCUCGCGCACCCCGACGGCCUUCAGUCGCACAGCCGUCGUGGAGACUUCCAGGCGGCGGAUGACGACGACGGCGGCGGCGGCGGCGACGGAGAGCGGGUGCGUGGUGCUGGCCGGCCAGCGAGUGGCGACCAGGGCUUCCCCGAUCAUCAUGGCCGCCGAGGGCAGCGAGGCGAGCCCCUUCUCGGCGCUGACCAGAGCCAACAGCGAAAUGCAGAUGGGGUCGCCCGCCGUAGACGCAGCGGCGCUUCGGCGAACGGCUUCCGUGUACAUGCUGGGCGAAUGGGAGGACCCGAGGUCGUCGCAAGCUUGAGUUCUCAAGGUCCUCAGCAUUCCUAGAAAGUUCAUCUUCUUUAACAUCUCAAAAAAAAAGUUCAAGUUCUAAAGCUCCUCCAAGUUCUAAAAGUUCUAAAGCUCCUCCAAGUUCUAAAAGCUCUAAUAGUCCUCCGAGUCCUCCAAGUCCUUCCAGUUCUAAAAAGUUCUCAAGUUCCGUUACCACUCGAAUCCAAAGACUGUGUCCCGCCGACGGGAAACUCACAGAAAAGACAAUACAGAUAAAAUGCCUUGUGAGCGGAUGUGUUCGUGUUUGUGUGCGUGUGUGUGUGUGUGUGUGUGUUCCUAGCGGUCUUGUCUCCAUGCGUACAUGUGUAUGUCUGCGAGAUAGAACUUUAUAUAUGAAGUAGAAUAGUUUUUUUUUUGGAGUGUAACAAAGGCAGGUCAUACCAAAAUAACAAAUGUAAACUAGUCAUAAUACUAGAACAAGAUCAUUAGUUUAAUUGAGUGUCAUUCCAGGAGAGCAACAUUGCAAGUAAUCAGAAAAUCGACAAAUGUGAUUCGAACUUUAAUUCAGACACGAUCACAAAGUCACAGACAAUAUCAAUUGGGAUUUUCUCUCAUUAAAGGAUAUUUAAAAAAAAAAAAUAAAAAAUAAAAGUGUGUUAAAAAAUAAUAAUAAAUAAAUAAAAGUGUUUUGAAAAUAAUCAUCGAUGACGGUGUUGCAUGUUGCAAUACGAAGUUGACGUGUUCUGAUUACUUCUGGACUGCCAAGGCUCUGUUGAAAUGCUGAGACCUCUCAUAUCUAGUAUUAUUUUUCAAACCAUUUUUAUAGCCAAAUAUGUGAAAUGAUGAGUAUAAGAUUUACUUUAAUUACAAACACUCCUAACUCAGUUUUGGCCAUAGCAAUUUAUUUAGUCAUAUAAUAGACGGUAGAGCAGGAACUGUAGUUUGUAAGAUGAAUUAAUGAAAGCCAUAACGUUAUAUAACUUGACUAUAUAGCUGUUGUUACCAUAGACGCCGUCAGGAAACUCAGUACAUUUUGCUAUUUCACAUUUCGAAUUCAGAUUUUUUUGAAUUCAGAUUUUGAGGUAUGUUGUACAUAGAAUUCUUUUUUUAGGAUCUUCAAUGCGAUUUUUUGGAGCAGUCUUUUAUACGACUUGUAUUCCUGAUAUAAAUAUGAAAAAGACAGUAAAAUACUAAAGAUUUUCAGGGUCAGCAACAUAUGAAAAAAUACAUGGUCACAGCACGUACCUCUCGUCCGGACUCUGCAGUGAGACUGAGUUUUCACGUGUAUAUGAAUGUAAAUAUAAAUAUAUAUAUAUGUACGUUUGUCUCGUCGUGAGUAUAAUCAAAAGAGUAAACUAAUUCAGUGUGCAUUUUUUUAGCAUCUGACCAGAAACUAGUCUCUGUCAAGCCUGAACAAGAACAAAGUUGUCAGGCUGAUGAACAUAGUGUGUGUUCCGAGGCAGUAGGAUGUCUAGGCAAUGGUAACGUUCUUUUGCGAGGUCCCGUAUACCCCUGAUAGUAAAUAUAGGGCCUAUCUUUGAAUAUUUAUUCGAAACGCCUUUAAAAAAAGUAGUGAUAGGGUAAAAAAAAAAAGAAGAUAAGAAGAAAUAUUUAUGAUAAAUAAGACGUGUAUUUAUUUAAAAAGAAAAAAAUCAACAGAUUAUGUUUAGUGAUAUUUAGUUGUUUUGUAUAAAUAAUGUUUUGUUAUGUUUUAAUAAAGUUAUUGGUGUUCAAUAGCUUUCCACAUUGCCAAGAAAGAACUACUUUGUCUAUAAUUAUAUGAAUAUUCUGCCUAUGAGAAUAUUGUACACAAUAAAUAUUAUGAUACUGG